CCAAAUUAACCGAAUCGCCACCCAAUCCUCCGCCGUCGAUACCUAGAGCUCCGCCUGACGCCGGCUGUCGCAUCCCCAGUCGUCGCCGGCAGCCAAGCGAGCGUCCCCCGCCGCCGCACCUCUCUGCUCGGGCGACCGGGUUCCCGCCGCUCCUCACUCUGCCCCAGGCGAGCGCGGCGCGUGUCUCGCCUUUGCUUCGUCUCGGGCCCGCGCCGCCGCUUUCAUCCCGCCGUUGCCCGGAGCUCGCGGCGCUGAGGCAGCGACGAGCCGAAGAGAUCUGGAAACUUCGAGGAUGUGUGCUGGCCACCUGGCGUCGUUCCUCCUCGUCGCUCUGCUCUCGGCCUCCUCCCAUCUACUCGUGGCGGGAUCGCAUCAGGAUCAAGAAUUCCAUGGAGCUGCUGGAUCCAGAAUUCAUCUUCAAAAUCCUCACAAACAUGAGGUGCAUUGCUCAAGGGAAAGGAGCCGUGCAGCCUGGGAAGCUAUUGAUGAGUAUUUGAUGCCCUUCGUGGAAAAAGAGAAAUAUGAACUCCCAAGCAAAUGUAGACUUCGUCCUGAUAAUGACAUGUUUCGGGAGCAAGAGCAACAUAAGAUUCAUUUUGAUAUUAAUGAGUGGCGUUGUGGCUUCUGCAAGAAAGCUUUCCGAGCAGAGAAGUUCCUUGACCAACAUUUCGAAAAUCGGCACAAUAAUCUUCUGGAUAAUAGUGAAGGAAGAUGCUUGGCAGAUCUGUGUGGAGCACUUCACUGUGAUCUGAUGAUGGAGUUCAAGAAGCCAAAGAGUAAAUGCAGUGCAGCUGCAGCUGUGAGGAAUCGUCAUCUUUGUGAGAGCCUUGCAGACAGUUGCUUUCCAAUUAAUCAAGGUCUUGCUGCCAGCCAUCUUCAUGAAUUUUUCUUGCGCCAAUUUUGUGAUGCUCACACUUGCGAUCGGGGCGCUAAACCUUUCCCCAAAGGUGGCAGGAAACAAACAAACAGAUUUUACUUGGCACUUUGCGUCUUGAUGCUUAUACUUUUGCCCCUGUUCUAUCUCAUAGUGUUCUUACACCAGAGGGAAAUGAGGAAAGGUGUCCAUGAUCUAAAACGGUUUUCAAAAAUCGGGCAGAAGAAAAAACCAUCCUAGUUCACAGCAUGCAUAUGUAAACUUGAAGAGGCAACCGUGUGUAACUUUUGUGAGCUUACGAAGCCAUUCUAUAUUUUUCAAGCUUGAACUGAAGCUCUGUUGAUAGUUGACCCCAAAAAACAUGGGGUUUAUAUGACUGUACAUACAAUUCAGGAGGCAAACAGUGAUGAAUGUUUUCAUUGUUUCCCAUAUAUCAACAUUGCCUGAUUUGGUGCCUCAAUUGUUAUUGUGAUGUGCAUGCAAUGUGCUAAUCCUUUGUGCAUACAGUCUAUAUGCAUCGGUCUUUCAAGGA